CGCUCCAAAGACGUAAACCUUGCCAACAUGGCGACGCUCCGAAGAGAGUACGGAGGUUUGGAGUAACGACCGCUUUCUAGCUGCGAAAAAUAACCUCAACGCCGGCUAAUACGAUGUGGUGGGGUUAGCCGGAGCCACGACGCGCACAGCUUUUUUUUAGAACAUGUUUGCAGAGGCCAGUCUGUCCAUCUGGGGAUGGGGGGGUCUUGGAGUUGUGCUGUUCUUUGUAACCUUUGGACCUUUUGCCAUAUUCUACCUGGCCUUCUAUAUCUUUUGCUUCAUUGGAGGUGGCUUUGGAGUCACUUUGCUUUAUGGAAAGAUAAACUCAGAGAAACACCUGGAAAAAUGCGAACACUCUUAUUUGCCACCCACACAAAUUGGUAUACCCAAGACACUGGAUGACAUGAAACUGGAGGUAAAGCCAAUAAAGAUUGACAGGAGACUGACUGGAUCCAGUUUCAUUGAUGAGCCACUACAACAGGUGAUCCAGUUUGCGCUGAGAGACUAUAUCCAGUACUGGUAUUACACUCUGAGUGAAGAUGAGUCCUUUUUGCUGGAGAUCAGACAAACGCUGCAGAAUGCCCUCAUCCAGUUCUCCACGCGGUCCAAAGAGGUGGACUGGCAGCCUUACUUCACCACCCGCCUGGUGGACGACUUCGCCACCCAUUUACGUGUCUUUAGAAAAGCCCAGGAUCGCCUCGCCGACAGAGAGGACAAGCAGAGAGACAUAACGGAUGAACUGGUUGACUCAUUUUUUGAGGCUGAAGUGGAGAUGGAAAGAAAAAUUUGCAGAGACGUAGUUUGCACAUCCCACCGCGAUGAAGAAGGUUUUCUUCGAGACUUGUGUGAGUUGCUUCUGUAUUUGUUACUACCUCCUGGAGAUUUCCACAACAAAAGCAUGAGAUACUUCCUGAGGGAGGUGCUGGCAUACGGAGUGCUACUUCCUCUGAUCAACCAGCUGAGUGACCCGGACUAUAUCAACCAGUUUGUCAUCUGGAUGAUUCGGGACUCCAGCUGCAACUAUGAAGCCUUCAUGAACAUCUUGAAGUUGACGGACAAGCCGGCCGAGCUGGAAGCUGUUAAAGACAAGGUGCUGGAGGAGCUGCAGUAUCUCCGCUCACUGGACACAGCUGGAGAUGACAUCAAUGUGAUCAAAAACCAGAUUAACAGUCUUCUGUUUGUGAAGAAGGUGUGUGAGACCAGGAUCCAGAGACUACAGUCAGGAAAGGAGGUCGAUGCCUUGAAGCUGGCAGCCAGUUUUGGCAAGCUGUGCGUUAUCCCACUGGAUCACAUCCUCGUCCACAACAUAGCGCUGCAGUUCUUCAUGGACUUCAUGCAGGCAGCGGGGGCUCAGGCGGAGCUGUUCUUUUGGCUCACCGUGGAGGGAUACCGGGUGACAGCUCAGCAGCAGCUGGAGGCGAUGGAGAGCUGGCAGAAAGACGGCAAGAAGCAGCCGGGGGCCACCAAGGGCCUGCUGAAGGCGGCUGCCCUGGGGGUCUAUGAGCAGUACCUGUCUGACAAGGCGUCUCCCAGGGUGCAGGUGGACAAGGAGUUGGUAAUAAAACUGGGAGAGAAUCUGCAGAAAGAAGACCCCACACCUGAGAUAUUUGAUGAAGUUCAGAGAAAAGUCUACGAAAUGAUGCUGCGUGAUGAGCGCUUCUACCCGUCCUUCAAGCAGAGUCCUCUGUACGUCCGCAUGCUGGCAGAGCUGGACAUGCUGAAAGAGCCAAGUUACAGAGGAUCUGACGAUGGUGAUGGAGAGUCCUUCAACGGGUCGCCUACAGGAAGCCUAAACCUGUCACUGGAUGACCUCAGCAACUCCUGCCAUGAUGAAUUCCUACAACUACACGCCUUCAUAUCUGACACGGCUGAUUCUUUUCUUCCUGGCUUCUGGGGUGCCACAGGGGUUUGCAACGAUCAUGGUAAGACCUACGCACUUUACGCCAUCACCGUGAUAAGACGCAACCCAGACGGCAGCGAGGACUGCUGGAAGACGUACCGCCGCUACUCAGACUUCCAUGACUUCCAUAUGCGAAUAACAGAGCAGUUUGAGAACUUGACGUCAAUCCUCAAGCUUCCAGGAAAGAAAACCUUCAACAAUAUGGACAGAGACUUCUUGGAGAAGAGAAAAAAAGACCUCAAUGCUUACCUUCAGUUGCUGCUAAACCCAGAGAUGGUGAAGGCCUGUCCAACUUUGAUUCCCUACGUCUAUGACUUCCUAGAAAACAAGGCCUACAGCAAGGGCAAAGGAGAGUUUGCACGAAAGAUAGACACAUUUGUGAAUCCUUUGCGGAGCUCCAUGAGGAACAUGUCCAACGCAGUGAAAUCCCUGCCAGACAGUCUGGCUGAGGGAAUGAAUAAAGUCUCUGACAACAUGGGCCGCAUGUCAGAAAGACUUGGUCAGGACAUCAAACAGAACAUAUUUAAGGUGCCUCCACUUCUUCCAAAAUCCGACAUCGACCCAGAACACUGUCGAGUUUCUGCUCAGCUGGACGACAAUGUGGACGAUAACAUCCCUCUGCGAGUCAUGCUGCUCCUGAUGGACGAGGUGUUUGACCUCAAAGAGAAAAACCAGUGGCUGCGCAGGAACAUUAAGAACCUGCUGCAGCAGCUCAUCAGAGCCACUUACGGCGAUACGAUCAACCGGAAAAUUGUGGAUCAUGUCGACUAUAUGACCUCUCCAGAACAGGUGGCGGAAUAUGUGAAAAAGUUCAGGGAUUCCUACUGGCCUAAUGGGAUUCUAGCCGAGACCCCACCGCGCCGGGACAAGUGCAUCCGCAUGAGGACGCGAGUCGCUGCCAAGACCAGCCUGCUUGGCAUCAUGCCAGACGAGCUGAAGCACAUCAUCGGCGCGGACACCACGAGGAAGGGCAUCCUCCGCGUCUUCGACAUGUUUCAGUACCAGCCCAUGAACCGGCGCCUAGUCUACGUGUUCCUGGAGGGAUUCCUGGAGACCAUGUUCCCCCAGUACAAAUUCCCCGAGCUGUUCGUCAAGCUGCACUCCCGUUCGCCGCGCAUUCAAAGAUACAGCCAGAAACUGCAGUCCUCCUCGCUGAAGAGGUGACAGGAAAGCACGGGCGGCGUCGGGACACGGGCCGGCGACAGACGCGCAGAGACUCCAGUGCCGGAAGUGAGGGCGUGUGUGUGAGUGUGUGAUGAGGAAGGGAGUUGUUACGCGUGCGAUCGCUACCCUUCACCCGCCCUCACACACUCCUGUCGUGGGGGGGGGAAACACUCCUGAUCGUUUCCGCUGACACAGAAACCGAAGGGUGAGCAGCUCUGAAAGACAAGUUCUAACACAAAUUAUAUCAUUUGCACCAAGAGGCUGAACCUGACAGUCUUCUCUUUUAGUUUCUAUAUCUUUUUCUUGGUUUUUUUGGGGGGGGACUUUUUACUUUUGUUAAGCUUUACGUUAGCCAGCCAAUGCUGCUUUCUUGUGGUUUAGACGAGCAGAUGAUAAAAUACUGCGUUGUUUUUAAACUACGGGACUUAAUAGUGCAGACCCACACCUUGCCUUACUUUCCCGCUUCAGUCCUCUUAUGUUGUAGAGCCACAGAGCUGUAAUCACGCAUACCGCCACGCAGACGGCACACGAGCUGCAGAAGCACACAUUCUUGUUCCCAUUGCAACCAAGCAAAUGCCAGAAGCACUGGGUUAAACGGCUGCAGUCCUGCAAAUGUGAGCGAACAAGAAAGAGUCGGAACGUUUUGCUCGCUUUUUUUUUAUUUUCUUUUUUCCCUGCCACUAGUUUUCCUUCUCCCCAAGGAUGGGCCACAUCCCCUUUAAUGCAACGGUCAUAGCCUGUGACAACCAAAGCUCAUGCUGUUUGCUUGUGCGUGUGUGUGUGCUCGCUUCUUACUGCUGAUCAUGCAAAGAAAGAAACCUUUAACGAGCUAAAAGGUGAGGGGAAUGUAUGUUCCGGUCGGCGUAGGUUUCUGCGCAAGUGUGUGUGUGAGUGUGUUGAGCUGAAAGACGCAUCCGUCUUCAGUCAGAAACUGUGCCAGUGUGAGCGAGUGAACCAGCCUUAAAUACAUAAAUACAUGAAUAUAUAUAUACAGUGUAUACUGACCAAGAGAUGCACGGCAGAGGGAGCUCUCCGUCACGCGAUCGGACUUUAUGAGAAAAUCAAAAGGAGAGACGGAGAUAUUAUCACUUUUAUUCUGAGAGGAGAAAAAAAAAUCUUUUGAUUUGGUGCAAUAUAUUUUUGUGUAAUGCAUGUGCAUUUUGAUUCACGGUGUACUGAAAAUGGUCAUUCGUAAUCUUUUUAUUAGGAGAAAUCAUCAAGACGUCGUCUUAACCCCAACAACUUAACAUUCCGUUGUUGUAAAAAUGUUUAUUUUACAGACUUGUUUUAUAAGUCUGAGGUUUUUUUUUUGUUGGUUUUUUUUGGGGGGUUUUUAAGUGCAGAAUAUGUCCACAUAUCCCAUGCUCACUAUCACAGAGUAUUUGCCGUGGGUAUCGAUAACGUUAGCAAUCAGUGAUCGAUCAGCUCCUGCACUACAGCUAGUUCAGAGGUGGUCUCGGACUGCUUCUUUUUAACCUCCUAAAUGGUGUUUCAUGCGUACAAGACUGUCAUGCUGAGUGCAGACAUCUUCUGACCCGACUGCCUCCACUGCCUGUUUUGUGUGAAGCCCCUCCCCCCCCACCCCCCCUCGACCCGCUAAAAUCAGGUCCAGCAAAAUCGCAGAAGAGACUGUGGCCAAUAGAAUCAUUGCUAAUUAGCACUUACUGUAGCAACUGUGGACGACUGGGCAAGCCCCGGUGGACUCUGAUUGGCUGGAGCAAGAAGGAUGUGAGGCGUCUCUUUUUAAGGGAGGGGGCAUGUCACCUUUAGCUUUCUGCUCAACUCUCCAUGCAGGAAGUGUUGGGUUUUUUUUUUUUUUAACCCCCAGUAUAUAUGAAUCUAUGAUACAGAAAAUGAGUGCAUAUCUGUGUACAUUAUGUGUUAAUAGUGUGCCUAAAUGUACUGUCAACUCUAUUUUCAUAUUUUUUCUUUAUCCAAGAAGAAAAGGAAAAAAAAAAAAUCCAUCGGAACAUCGUGAUCAUUUUUACGUGACUCAAAAACGCUUUGGGGAUUUUAGGGAGUGUUUUGGCAUCAUACUCAAGAACUUCUCCUGGUGAGCACUUGUGCUCAAAUCAGUAUAACACUAAUAAAAAGGUAACUCGGACUAAAGGAGCCAAAUUU